AUGGAUUUGCAAUUGAACUCAAGACUCCUAAAGGUACAGGUGAAAUUAGGGAAAUCAAGUGGUCUGGCUAAAGUUGCUAUGUGAACAGGGGCACAGGACAUUGAUCUCCAAUGACUACACAGACAUAGUGCUGCAGAUAGAUGAGUACUUCAGAGAAGAUCCGACAGUAAAGCAUAAGAAAGAAACAGCGAAACUAAAGAAACAGUGUAACAUGCUUAAGCAAAAACUUGGUGAAGCAACAGCAUUCUAUCGACCUAAGUUCACAGGUCACAAGUACUAGAAUGGUGAUAAAAAAAAAUUUAAAAGAAGCUCCACAACAUUGUCGGGCGUUUUUUAAGCAAUUCCCUGGGUGAGCAUCUAUGUAGACAUCUAUGUAGACAUCUAUGUAGUUAAACCUAAGGUAUUCAUAUAUAGGGUGGCUGACGAACCUAACACAAAGCAAGUCCCCGCAACAAGUGAAAAAAAGAAGGACCCUAGAAGAGUAGAGGCAGGGAAACGACUAGCGGUCCUCAGUAAGGCAGAAAGGGACAAGAAGAAGAAACAAGCGGAAUCAAUCGAGUUAUCUAGUGGUAACAGCAUAAUCACCUACAUAGGGGUAGCUAUUGCUUUGAUAUUUGAAUUUGAAUUUGAAUUUAUUAAUUGA